GCCACUCUCGGCAGCUGUCAGAUUCAGGAGCAGAGCUUCACAUUUACGGCAAAACACGGGCUUGUUCCAACAACAAGACAGAUGAACCUGGUCUAUCUGAGCAGAAAUGCUCCUCUAAGUAACAGGGAGUGCUGAUAUUCCCCAGCCACCAGUUGACCCACCCUGACCCCCAUCCCAUCAUCACCAUGGAGACUGCCAACAACUACGUGAUGAUCCAUGGGAAGAACAUAUCCCAUAAUACCUUGGCGGGCUCUGCUGCGGUUCCCCACAUGUCCAUCGACAAGCUUUUCCCGGCUCUCCUUGAGUGCUUUGGCAUCAUAAUGUGUGGCUACAUAGCUGGCAGGGCAGAUAUCAUCACAGAGAGCCAGGCGAAGGGUUUGGGGAACUUUGUGUCUAAGUUUGCUCUCCCAGCUCUGCUCUUUAAAAACAUGGUGCUGUUGGACUUUGGAGAUGUCAUCUGGGCGUUUCUCUGGAGUGUCCUGGUCGCCAAGGUGACAGUGUUUGUGCUGGUAUGUGUACUGACUCUGAUGGUGGCCAGUCCAGACAGCAGAUACAGCAAAGCUGGCCUGUACGCCAUCUUUGCUACGCAGAGCAAUGACUUUGCUUUAGGAUACCCCAUAGUGAUGCUUGUAUCGGAGCACAUUCCAGAGUACCUCCCAAGCUACAUCUUAGUUAGUGCACCGUCCCUCAUGCUCCUCAAUCCCAUCGGCUUCGCUCUUUGUGAGGUGCAGAAGUGGAGGCAGGCCAGCCAUUCACAUCACAGCACUCUUGGCAUUGUGGGAGUUGUAGUUCUACAGGUGUUGAAGAACCCCGUAGUAUUCAUGGUGGUAGUAGGAAUCAUCGCCCACUUUGCCCUGGGACAGCAGAUCCCUGCUGUUCUAUCAGAGUUCAUAGAUGGCCUGGCUAACUCUUUUGGAGGGGCAGCUUUGUUUUACCUUGGCCUCACUAUGGUUGGCCAGCUUAGAAAACUAACCAGAGACACUGGAGUUGCCUUGAUUCUCCUCAUCACGGCCAAACUCCUGGUGAUGCCGCUAGUCUGUAAAGACAUGGUGGAUAUUCUGGAUGUAGGAGUGAACAGCUCAAGUGCCAACCAUACUAGCUUGUCUAACUUUGCUUUCCUAUAUGGAGUCUUCCCGACCGCACCCAGUGUGGCCAUCUAUGCUGCACACUACAACAUGGAGCUAGAGGUGGUAACAUCAGGGAUGGUAAUCAGUACAUUUCUGUCUGCACCGAUCAUGUAUGUGUCGGCCUGGUUGUUAACAAUCCCUCUAAUGGACCCGACACCGCUGGUGACAGAACUUGAAAAUGUCAGCUUCAACAUCAGCAUUGUCUGCCUUCUAGCACUGGUGUGGACCAUAAUAGUGAUGUUGCUAAGCAGGAAAUUUAACAGACUUCCUCACCUCUUUGCCUUAAAUCUUUUCCUGGCUCAGUUUUUGGUGUGUGUCAGUAUGAUCCUGUGGAACUUCUUGGCGAAAAAAGAGGAUAAUCUUCUCGGCAAAAUUUUUACCUUCACUCUGCUCUAUGGGUCUCUGUACAGCACCUACAUUUGGACUGGUUUAAUCCCUCUCUGUCUGGCUCUGACUAACAGAGAUGAUCUGCUGAGACUCCGCCCGGGAGUAUUCAUGAUUUUGGGUUGGGGGGUUCCCUUCCUGAUGGUCGGAGUACUCCUGAUAUCAGGAGAGAGGACUGAUACCAUAGACUCUGCCUUUUUCUAUGGCAGAGCUCAGAUAAUUAGCACAGCAGUGGUGCUUGCAGUCAGCCUGUUGCUUGGUGCGGUAUCUCUCAUGGGUCUCAGCCAGGGAGACAGGGAGCAGAGGGGCUACCAGGCCCUUAGCAGAGCUGCUGUAACAGGUAUAAGUGAUGAGCUGAGGGGCCCUGGUGGCCUGGAGGAUCCACAACAACAACAACAACAACAACAACAACAGCCACAGACAGCAGAUUCACCUGACUGCAGCAUCAACUCAGACCUCCACAGUUUCUCUCCUCUCCAGACCUUACCGGACAUGAUAGCCAGCACGCAGCGGGAGCACACAAACAGCACAGGCCACAGUGGGGCGCUGUGUGACGGGCAGCAGCAGGGUUCUUCCUCCUCUGAGCAGCUGCUGAACCUGCCGCCACCAGGGCCUCAAACCACUGACGACAAGCAGACAGUCAGACACGUUCUCCUCUGUCUGCUGCUGUUUGUCAGCCUGCUAGCGAACCUGUCCAGCUGUCUGUGGUGGUUAUUCAACAAAGAUCCUGGAAGACUUUACCUUGAACUACAGUUCUUCUGUGCUGUGGCGAACUAUGGACAGGGUUUCCUGUCCUUUGGGAUUUUUGGUCUGGACAGACACCUCAUCAUUCUGCCUUUUAAAAAGAGGUUGCUGGGGCUGUGGCAGGGCAGAGACAGCGAGGAUUUGAGUCCCUCAGGUGUACCAGAGGAGGUCAGGCUCACUUGUACUCAGUUUGUCCGCUACCACAAAGACCAGUGUGUACAAGACAUAGUACACACACGCAGGUUUGGAGAAGGAGGACUGGAGGAGGUGGCUUUGAGGCAGUCCCCCUCCCAUCAGCCCCAGUACCUACACCCGCAUCAGGAUCCUCAGGAGCAACUAAACCACGGGGGGCAGAAUCUGCACCAGGUUCACCAAACUAAUGACCCAGCUGAAUCCUGCAGCAGUCAUUUGCUUCCAUCCCAACCCUGGCUUGGGCCUGAGAAUGAACACCAAGCAUAUAUUUCCAACUCUGAUAUCCCAGAGGAGCAGAUUUCCCAGCUCCAGUGUAACCAAACUAAUGACCCAGCUAAUCGUGACCACCUACACCAGCAUGAUCUUGCUUCGAGUCCACUCCAUCCCCGGCAACACUCUCAGUCCAGUAUAGAAAGAGUUUUUCGGGGCAGUGAUUUGGUGGAUUGGCUGAUUGAGCGAGGCCUUUGCGCCGGGCGAGCCGAGGCUCAACUGUAUGGCGUUCGACUCCAGCUGGGAGGAGUGUUAGAUCACCUGACAGGUCGGCGCCGCUUCAGGGAUGAACACACCCUGCUGUACCACUUCACACAGGGGAGAGAGGGGGCGAGAGGGUAUGGACGGCCGGAGAACAUGUGAGAGGAAGUGAGGAGAAAGUCAGUGGAAGGAGGAAGAGGAUGGGAGAAAAGAAGGGGGAGACAGAAAAGCAGGCGGUACAAAGCGGAAACCACCACAGCUGAGGGGCAAAGCCAAAGAGGAAGUGCCUUAAGGUGCAGUUUUCCCAACAACCACUAGAUACUGGCUCUGGAAAGGCUAACUGUAUUGAAGUCAAUGAAACAGAUCUACUCUAUAGAAAGUACCCUGGAAGAACCCAUUGCCAAUUUUACCUCUUGUAAUGUGCGUGUUGGUGGCAAUUUGGAGAGAUUUGAUUUAAGAUGAUAUGAAGUAGUGUGGUAUAUUUGAAGGUGUGUUUGCUUUGAUUGACAGGUGUCUUAAGGUGUUCAUGGUGGUUGCUGCUUGCUUGUCCAAGGGGCCGUGGGUUGGGGUUGUGGAGGCAAAAUAAGAGGGUAAAGAAGACCAAACACGCCCCCUGCUGGUUCUUUAGCUCUCCUGGCUCUGGACCAAUUAUCAUUCAUUCAUUUCUUUUUUUGUUCAACUUUUCCCUCUGAAAUGAGCUGGCUUAGUCACCUUGAGAUGUGAACAAGACAGAUUCAAAGUUUUCCUCUUUAUUUUCUUUUGCAUAUCUGCAAGCCAGUACAUUUCUUAAUGAGGAUUUAUAUUCGUGUGUGAAGGACAAAUAAGCUUUGUUUUAAGAACAAGUUGCCAUUCAUUCGCCCUCAAAUAUUGUAUUAUUUAUGUGACAUUUGCAUGGGGAGAAUACAAUAGGAGCAGCCAAUAAACUGAUAGAACUGUAUGUCUGUUCUUAGCCAAUGAGCUACAGGGCUGCCCACUGAAAGCCAAUGGCAUCCUUGCCUGUUCUGUUUUAUGUGAUGUUUUCAUAUUUCAGUAUUUGAUAUUUUGCACGCCGUGUCUUUUAACCACUCUGGUCUACGUUGACUACUUGCAUGACUCGGAGCAGUACAGAUGUUUGCUCAGCACUGAACCUUUUGCACUGACUGAAUAACAUUCUUCAGAUUUUUUAAAUUAUGCAACUCACUGGAUAUUUGUCUUGUGAUGAUGCUGCGGAGGAUGUUUGUUAUCUUUGCAUUGUGUAAUUGUGUUGCCGCUUUCAAUUUGAAACAUUUGUUUGGGACUGAUUGUGGUCAGUCACAUCACUAAAUGGAUUCAUUCAGCCAAGGUGCAAUAUUAGUCUUUGCGGCCAAAUCUGGCACCAGUUGACUGACUCCGUCUUUGCUACAGUGUGUUUCAGGAGAAAUUAAGUUUUUUAAGACCUCAAGAACUCAAAAGUGUGUAAUUAAGUGAGAAAUUCACCAGAGCCCAUCUAAAACUCAUCUGUCCAUUUUGAUUUUUUGUUUCAUUUUGUUAUCUUAUACAGUCACGAGUCAAGUCCUAAACUAGCUUAUAUUGUAGACAAAACAGACUUGGCUAAAGUUCUUGACUCUAGGCUGUUAAUCAUAACUACUACUGAACUGUUUACAGAUUUCUUUGUCUACACUACAACUAUUGUUUGCCCCUUAAGUUGCUGCUGAUUCGUGAUCAUGUUACUGUGAAGUUUACAGUGUGUUGGCAGAAUUGGAUGGAUGGAUGGAUGGAUGGUGAUAUAUGCACAUAUGAGCAGACACAACGACCACACUAAUGUCAAACCGGUGCUGUGAUCUGAGGUUUUUGUUGCCUUUGCUAGUAGUGUGAUCCGAGGAUGGCGAGGUCAACCUUUCACCUGAAGCAUUACAUCCAAAGAAAGGAUAUUCCUCUGUUUAUCCGGAUCUCCUUUCUUCAUCACAAACCUCCCAGAAACAAGAAAUCUAUGUGCAUAUACAUCCAUUUGUGUCUUUGCCAACCAUAUUUUAGUUCAUGCAGUUCACAUCAGAUCCUUGUGUUUACUGGUUGAUAAAAUUAGUUGAGUGCCUGCCUAUGCCAAUGUGAAGGUAUGUGUGUUUGUGUGCAUGAACAAAAAUGUCUUUAAGUUUCUGUGUGAUGUGUGUGUGUACGUGUAGGGAAGUGCUGAGAGAGAUUUUAAUAUGAGGUGUAACUCUUUGUUGUUGGCAAACCGGAUCAGCGUAACUGUGGAUGUUUUGUUUCAGGUGUGUUGCUGUAAAUCAAUCAGGGUCAAUGAUUGUGACCAAAAGAAAGGCACAAAUAAACUACUGUUUGCAUCCAAAAUCCCACGUGUUUUACUUUGUCACUACACAAGCAAUUAUUGAUUCUGAUUGUAACUCAGAACUGAAACAGUAAACAGACAUAACAAAUUUUAUUACAUUUUUACAGAUUCCUUUCUUUGGUCAAACAAGACAAGAACAAAAAUCUCUCAUCCUGAGACCUACACAAAGCCCUUUAAAAACUUAAAGCAACAUUGUCAAAAGCAAAAAAAAAAUUUUUUUACUUGCAACUGUAUUCAUAGGACUGCCUCUGCAAUGUGCUGACAAAAAACUCAUUGAAUUUAUUUUAUUUAGCUGUUGGGAAGUGAACAGCAGAUAAACACAGGAUAUCUGGCACUUUGGGUGUUUUUGACAUUCAUGACAGUGGAACCACCAACAUUUUCCCUGUUUGUGUUGGGAGCAGCUAUUCUGACGUAUAAAAAAGGUGACUCCGUAGCUGUAAAAAUCCGGAAUGUCACUACACUGUGAGGCUACAGUACAAGAUUAGAAACACAAAAUACUACAUGUACAUUUUACGAAAGAUCAUCCUGAAAUACCUAAUAAAAUAUACAGUAGACGAUUCAGAUCUGUAAAAGCAAGCGAAAAGAAGCUACAAUUUGACUAUUCUCUAGAGACUCUGUUCUGCAAAAUACUGAUUAGAAAAAUAAAAUAGUACAUUACCAAACUUAC